AUGGGCAUUCUAAAUUAUUUUCUCCCCUUUUUGCUCCUUUCAGCUGCGUCUUGUGAUGACUGUAUUUCCGACAAAUCUCAACUUGCUCAUGUCCGUCUCCGGAAGGCCCUUUUAUGCGAUUAUGACCGUAAUCUUCGCCCCGUCCUCAACUACAAAGAUCCCGUCCGGGUCUUCAUCCGCAUGAUACUCAAAUAUUACAACUAUGACAUCCACGACAACAGCUUCACCAUCGACAGCUGGUUCGCCAUGUCAUGGGUCGACCAGCACCUCAAAUGGACCCCCGACGACUUCGACUCCCUCUCCACCCUGCACCUCGCCGACUCCGACAUCUGGGUCCCCGACCUCUCCGUCUACAACCGGCGCGAACAGUCGGGGAACCCCGCAGCCUUCGACCAAGCCACCUGUCUCAUCUCCAACCUCGGCCAAGUCUCAUGUGUGCCCCCCGUGCACCAUACCAGCAUCUGCGUGGCCGACUUGACCAAAUACCCCUUCGACACCCAUAACUGUACCAUAAGGUUCGGCUCAUGGGUGCACAGUGGCGAGGAACUGGACAUUCAAGUCGCCAAAAACGCGAUAAACACCGAGGAUCUGGUCCCGAACGGGGAGUGGGAAUUGGUCGAAAGUAGGAUUGUCAAACAUCCCGGGAUUUUCAAAUGUUGCCCGAAUAACACCUACCCUUCCAUUAAUUUCAGUUUUAGGAUACGGAGGCUGGCGGGGGCGCACGCCGCGAGCGUCAUUCUCCCAGCCAUUGCCUUAAUCAUCCUAACUUUUGCCUCCUUGUGGCUAUCACCCGACAAUAAUCAAAGACUCAUCUUGUGCUACAUUAACGUGGUCAAUGAAUUCCUCUACGUGCAGUAUAUAUCAUGGAUGAUACCAAUGACUGGCGACAAAAUCCCCCUAAUUCUUUUAUUCGCCCGUGACUCUCUUUUGUUGUCAGCUUUCGCGGUAGUUUUUAGCUUGAUGGUGAAAAGUAUGGCGGAGCGCGAGAAAAUAGCGCCGGCAUGGGUAUCCAAAAUUGUGUGCAUUUUCGUAGCUUUUAAGCCCGGCCAAUUUAUUUUCCUUGAUGAGACUUCGUUUAAAGCGAUGGGUAAUGAGGAAGAUGGCGCCGCGAUUCUGGCACAAAAUGGCGGCCCGAAAAACAACGAAUGGCGCAUUUUCGGGCAGAUUUUGGACCGAAUUUUUUUCCUCGUCUACGUGAUUGUUUAUUUGGGGAUGAUUAUCGGGUUCACCCCUUAG